AUGAUACCCAGGCCUGCCCUGAGCAGUGGUAUUACUGCCCAUCGCCUCUAUAAGAACAUCACCCUGUACAUGAAUGAACCGAAGCCUCCAGUGGCCGGAAGGUCGAGCCUGACUUCCUGGGAUCACAAACCUCUCACGUUGAUGCUGCCCUGGUUAGGGUCACGACCUCAAGCUGUGGCAAAGUACUGUGAUAUCUACUUCCGCUCUGGCUUUGAUGUACUCGUUGUAGAGAGCGAGGUGAAGGACUUCCUGUGGCCUCGCUGGGGACUGGACCACGGAAAAACCUUGCUGGAUCUGCUCCAGAGUGAGCGUUUCACCACCCGCCCCCUGCUUGUUCAUGCCUUCUCUAUCGGUGGUUACACGUUUGCUCAGCUGCUGGUUCACAUUUCCAAGGACGAACAUAAAUAUGAGGCAGUGACUAAAAGGAUUAAAGGUCAAGUGUAUGACAGCUUGGUGGUGGGGACACUGGAUCACAUGGCCGUCGGUCUCAGCAAAACGAUGUUUCCUCGUUGGGAGACUCUGGUAAAGGAAAUCAGCCUGCUCUACUUCAACAUCUUUAAACGCCAAACCGUGGACUACUUCAACGCAAGCAUCGAUGUGUUCUGGAACACUCCGGUCACGGCCCCCGCUCUGUUUUACUUUUGUGAAAACGAUCUGAUGAGUGAUGCACAAACUGUGGAGAGGCUGUCUGGUUACUGGCAGAAGAACGGGAUCGAAAUAACGACAAAGAAGUGGGAAGUUUCAAAACAUGCAGGUCAUCUAAAGAUGCACCCAGAGGAAUAUCUGAGCACCUUUAAUUCGUUCCUACAGUCACUCCAACUCGUCCCUCUGAAGGCCAAGAUGUGAGACGGUUUAAUGUGUUUAGAUUCAGCUGGCCCAACACCUAGCUCCAGUUUUUUUACUCUUGUAUGUCAGUAGCUGCUCUGAAAAAACUACCAACAUCUUAAUGCAAGUAAACAAUGCAGUUGGCUCAAAACCUUGGCUAAAUCACAAAACCAAACUUCUUUCACGGGUUUGAUGAACUGGCUUUAAUGAAUUGAUAAAAUGACGUAAGCGAAACGUUCCUGCGUCCAUUUGAAAGUGUGUUUUUCUCAUAAACUAACAUCAUUUGCAAUGUCAAAUGAUUUAUGGACAUAGGCUUAGUUUCUUUCAGUCAGAGGACUCCAAACGCACUUUACACUACAGUGUGUGUUUACAGUGACCAGAUCUUCUACUCACUGUUAAGUUUUACUUUUUUUUAUAAAUGCACCUGCACAAACUUCAUCUAGCCAAAAUGACUUUAGAAUGAUUAUUCAUAUGUUGACUACCUCUCUUAUUGGUUUUUCCAGAGAAGUUUUCUUAUGUGUUCAUCUUUAUACUAUACUAAAAACUGGCUCAACAAUCAAUGUGACAUUUUGUUUUAAGACUGUUUGAUUCUUCUUUUUUUGGUUAUGUUAGAAGGUGGACAUAAAGAGGAUUACUAUACAUUUAAAAACAUAGAUUUUGAAAUUCAUUUUUGGGAAAUUGCACAUUUUUCAUUUCUGUUUUGGACUUAUGUGACAUUAUUUGCAAGGAAGCUACUUAAAAAAAGACAAAAAGACUAACCAAGCUCUUCAUGCAGCUAUAUUUUUAUUUUAAAUGUGUUGUCAUGUAGUUAAACCUACCUAAAACCUGAAGAUUUGUAGUAGUCUUUACAAUACCAGGUACACUUGAAAGGCUUUGUGAAGUAUAACUGGAAUACAUUCAGAAUUUGGCAAAACCAUGCUUUUUAUCAUAUGCUUCACAUCAUUAAAAUGCCAUAACCUUUGUGUCAUCUUUCUCUAUUAAUACUUCAAAAUGUCAUCCAAGAAGAGCAAAAAAGAUUGAAAUGUUGCUUAUUUGUUUCCUUAGAUGGUGAAGUGUGUUUGAGUUAGAUUUAUUUGCAUGACUAAACUUUUGUUUAACAUUAAAUUCUUUUUUUUAACAUGCAGGCAGUAAUUGUAAUGUUUUUUUCUGUGUUUAUGUUGCCAUCUUGACCUUGACUUACGGGCAGUAGAGUUAUAUCUUGUAGAGAGACCAAUAAAAGCAAUAGAAAAAGGAA